GACUAAUUAAUUCCUAUCAAAGUUUUGUAGUUCCUGGGUUGUUGACCUGUCAGCAUUGUAGUACAAGCUGUCAUUGCUGAUAAUCUGUCUUUCCUUCUGGUAGUUGCACUUUUCGGUCAGCAACACAGCGAGCUCCAGGAGGGCGUCGGACUCACAGGGUUGUUCGUAAUCACCGUUGUUGCUGGUGUCAGCUAACCAGCGAGCUAACUGCUAAAGUUAGCUAACAAGCCAACCAGCUUUACAGCUAGCUUGCUAGCUAGAAUUAGACGGUAGCUAGCAGCGUUAGCUAUCUUGCCUGCUGGCAUUACGAGGCUAGGAAGCUGCCCACUGCUGCAAAGCAGCAUUCCGGACAAAAGACUAAACAAUGGAGGCCCAAAGCUCCAGCGGGCUGCUGCUGUCCAGAAAGAGGAGAAGAGAGGCCUCCAGUCGGGAGGCCGAGGAGGGAGAGAAGCUCGGGAAAAUCCCCAGAUGUACCGUGGGAUUGAAGCACCCUGCACCUUUUGCAGAUGAGCUGGUGCCAGCUGAUGAUAAACCCUACGUAAGAGUCAGCAUGGAGGAGGCUAAGAGGGGAACACAUCCUAACAGACCGGUGCGCGUGUAUGCAGACGGCAUCUUUGACGUUUUCCACUCAGGUCACGCCAGGGCACUCAUGCAGGCUAAAUGCCUCUUCCCAAAUACACACCUCAUCGUAGGAGUGUGCAGUGAUGACUUGACCCACAAAUACAAGGGCUUCACCGUGAUGAAUGAGGAUGAGCGAUACGACGCCAUCAGUCACUGUCGCUACGUGGACGAAGUGGUGCGAAACGCUCCCUGGACGCUGACGCCAGAGUUCCUCACAAAACAUCGCAUUGACUUUGUGGCCCACGACGACAUCCCAUACUCCUCAGCAGGCAGUGAUGACGUCUACAAGCACAUCAAGGAAGCUGGUAUGUUUGCUCCCACCCAGCGGACCGAGGGCAUCUCCACCUCUGACAUCAUCACACGCAUAGUCCGGGACUACGACGUGUACGUCAGACGCAACCUGCAGAGAGGAUACACCGCCAAGGAGCUCAACGUCAGCUUCAUUAACGAGAAGAAGUACCACCUGCAGGAGCGCGUGGACAAGGUGAAGAGAAAGGUCCGUGACGUGGAAGAGAAGAGCAAAGAGUUUGUCCAGAAGGUGGAGGAGAAGAGCAUCGACCUCAUCCAGAAAUGGGAGGAGAAGUCCAGGGAGUUCAUCGGCAACUUCCUGCAGAUGUUUGGCCCCGAGGGAGCUCUGAAGCACAUGCUGAAGGAAGGGAAGGGCCGCAUGCUGCAGGCCAUCAGCCCCAGGCACAGCCCCAACAGCAGCCCCACCCGCGAGGAGCGCUCCCCCUCACCCACCUUCCGUCUCCCCUUCUUCACCAAGACCUCCCCGCCUCCGUCGCCGCCACCCCACCCCAGCGGAGCCCGCGGAUACCUCAUCAGCGAGGACGACGACGACGACGACGAGGAGGAUGACGAAAACUAGAGCCCGUUUUCAAUCCGUGGCCGGGGCCGCAGUCAGCGCUACCAGUUAACUUAGGUGUUGAGUAACGUGGUUUUCAUCCAGCUCCUGCUUCCACUUUGUUUUUUGUUGUUGUUGUUGUUUACGAUUGUAAUAUUAUUUUUUUUUAGCCCUUCAGAGUCACGUAAACUGUAACAGCCAGUUUCUUCACAGCUCUAGUUUUUAACCAUUUUAGGCAAUUAUAUCCUCUUUUGUUUUUGUGUAACGGUCAGUCAAAGUCACCACUAGUCACUGGUUGAGUUCUUAGAAAAUUCGUCUCAUUUAUCUCAAGUCACUUUUUGAUGUUGAGUUUGUUAGUCGCUCACUGUCACUUAGGAAUAUGUCUUUCAUCUAUGACUGUAUUCUUAAGUUUAGCGUUAUAGUUUUUUUUUUUUUUGUCAUGGCUUUAGCGGGAGGGCUCGCAGCUUUUUGGUCACUUGCUGGAACAGCACGUCUAGUUUGGUGUGGGAGAGGUGAGCUGAGACACUGUCGAUUAUCUCCAGGGGAGGCUUUUUAGAGCAGGUCAGGAAACUGGACAUUUUAAAUGAUCUGCUCACGUGGGGCAGUUCAUAUUUUGCUCAUACUAACAAGAAAAAAACAACCUGACUUUUUAAAUAACCGGGAAAGUCCAGAUCACGUCAAAUGUGAGCUGAAAUCUUAGUCGUAUGUGACAUAUGUCUACUAAUCAGCAGCUACCA